UCCUCCUUAAAACUCAUUCAUUGGGCAACUAUUCAUUUAGUCCCUGGCACUAUUUGGUAAUGGGAAUACAGGAGUGCAUAUGGCAGAUAAAGUUCUGUUGCUGCCCUUACCGAGUUUAGUGGGGGUGAGAUGUGGUGUUAGUAAAUGCAUACUAUAUUGUCUGUAUUUAAAUCGAGUCCAAAUCUCCCGCUCUAAAUCUCGCCUUGGGAUGUUUCUUACAUCUCAAGAAACAGAGUAUUUUGACGGGAUCGCUGAUGUUUCAGAAUGCAAAAGUUUGCAGUCGUGCAAGUCAACAAGAUAACCGUCUGAACCGAAAGCUGGGCUCCUCCGGGUCUCCUAACUCCAAAUCCAACUCCAAGCUUCUGCAGCUGCCACCUCCCAUAGACUUCUCAUUUCUUCCGCACUCUCCUCUCACGACGGGUCUUCUUUGUUGUACUUAAUUUCCUAUGCAAUAAGAUUUCAGCAUCACCAUCAGUCCCCCAAAGACCAGUUCUCACAGAGCCGAAGUUCCCACCAAGGGCUGUGGGUAAGGGUUACUGAAAUCAGCGUUUAUGAAUCCUGUCUCAAGUUGUCUCACCUGGGGUUCCGUAGAACGGUUUCUUCGUAAGAGGUCCUUCAGCGACAGCCGAGCUCCGGGAAAAAACGGGAACAAGGUGUCUUUUACAUUUCCUCAAAUACCGUGUAUGGUCUGAGGCGCAGGUCAGGUGUAUUUAAAUAUCCUUUAAACAGUACUCCCCCGCCCCAAAAACUGGCCUUGAAGGAACAAGUGAAACUCAUCCUGCUUUUCAUGUUUGCUGGGUUUGCCCGUUACACCCCUUCCCCCCGCACCUACCAAGACAGGCAGUUCUUGGCCACCCUCCGGGGCCCUGAUUUUGAAAAGAGGAGUGGACCAAUCAGAUGUGGAGCGCUGUUUGGCGCUGCAGUUUGAGCCUGGGCUGAAACUGCGGGUGUGACUGCCGCGGUGGCUCGGGGUGUCUGCGGAGGCGGUGGGGGCGGAAGCAUGAGGCUAACGACUUGGCUUCAGUGAUCCCACCGGGAUGUGCAGGCCGGGAGCUAGAGGCAGGCUGAUGGGGGAGGGAACGAGCAGCCUGUGAGACGGGGUGACUGCGGCGACCAGCCCGGGCGGGCACCGGGACUGGAAGAGUUGCCUGAGCAGCCGGCUGGUCCGGCGGCCAGACUGGGGCGGGGGCGAGCGCCCAGUUGAGCCUGCUGGGGCUGGAGGAGCGAGAAGGGUCCUCUUCAUAUUUCAGAGCGAACCAGACGGGAACAGUAAGGUUUGGAGGAAGGGGGGGAUCGUUGGAAGCAGCCGGAAGUGGUGAGAAUCUGGCAAUAGGCGAGAAACGGGAAGAGUCAAAAAGAAGCGAAGUCUAUGUGAGUAUCUGAAAGGAUUGGGUGACCAGAAAGAAGGUCGGUGUAAGUGAAGGAAGAGUGAGGUGUGGCUGGAUCAAAGGGCUAAGAGAAGAGGGUCUGUGUAAGUGGAUGUGAGUGAGGAUCAAGGAAAAGCAGUGGAAGUGGCCGGGGUUCGGGGCCGCAGGAGUGCCAGACGGGGCCGGAAGGCAGCCGAGCGGAGUUCAGAUUUGAGAGCGUUUGGAAAUUGGAAGACUUGGUGGCGAACGAGGGUCAGGACCUGCAUCCUGCCUCAGAGAGCGAUCGACGUGUCCGGAAUGUGGGAUCAGAGGCUGGUGAGGUUGGCCCUGUUGCAGCAUCUGCGGGCCUUCUAUGGUAUUAAGGUGAAGGGUGUCCGUAGGCAGUGCGAUCGCAGGAGACACGAAACAGCAGCCACGGAAAUAGGGGGUAAAAUAUUUGGAGUACCUUUUAAUGCACUGCCCCAUUCUGCUGUACCAGAAUAUGGACACAUUCCAAGCUUUCUUGUCGAUGCUUGCACAUCUUUAGAAGAACAUAUUCAUACUGAAGGGCUUUUUCGGAAAUCAGGAUCUGUUAUUCGCCUAAAAGCGCUAAAGAAUAAACUGGAUCAUGGUGAAGGCUGUCUAUCUUCUGCACCUCCUUGUGAUGUUGCCGGACUUCUUAAGCAGUUUUUUAGGGAAUUGCCAGAGCCCAUUCUCCCAGCUAAUUUGCAUGAAGCACUUUUGAAAGCUCAACAGUUAGGCACAGAGGAAAAGAAUAAAGCUACACUGUUGCUCUCCUGUCUUCUGGCUGACCACACAGUUCAUGUAUUAAGAUACUUCUUUAACUUCCUCAGGAAUGUUUCUCUUAGGUCCAGUGAGAAUAAGAUGGAUAGCAGCAAUCUUGCAGUAAUAUUUGCACCAAAUCUUCUUCAGACAAAUGAAGGACAUGAAAAGAUGUCUUCUAACACAGAAAAAAAGCUACGAUUACAGGCUGCAGUAGUACAGACUCUUAUCGAUUAUGCGUCAGAUAUUGGGCGUGUACCAGAUUUUAUCCUGGAAAAGAUACCAGCUAUGUUGGGUAUUGAUGGUCUCUGUGCUACUCCAUCACUGGAAGGCUUUGAAGAAGAUUUUGUUAGUGGAGCACUAAAUAAAUUUAAAUCUAACAGAACACCUUCUAUUACACCUCAACAAGAAAGAAUUGCCCAGCUGUCCGUAUCACCAGUGAUUCUUACACCAAAUGCUAAACGUAAAUUGCCAGUAGAUUCUUCUCAUGGUUUCUCAAGUAAGAAAAGGAAGUCCAUCAAGCAUAAUUUUAACUUUGAGCUGUUGCCACGUAAUCUCUUCAAUAGCAGUUCUACACCAGUAUCAGUUCACAUCGGUACAAACUCAGAAGGAUCAUCUCAGAGCUCACUCUCGCCUGUGCCCAGUGGUGGAAACUAUUUGAUCACUGCAAGUGCGCCAAGGCGAAGUAAAAGAAUUGCAGGCAAAAAAGUUUGCAGAGUAGAAUCAGGAAAAGCAGGCUGCUUUUCUCCUAAACUCAACCAUAAAGAAAAGGUUCGAAGAUCUCUUCGUUUGAAAUUCAAUCUAGGGAAGAAUGGCAGAGAUGUAAAUGGAUGUUCUGGUGUCAGUAGAUAUGAAAGUGUUGGUCAGCGACUUGCAAAUCAACAAAGUUUAAAAAAUCGAAUUGAAUCUGUAAAAACGGGUUUGCUUUUUAGCCCAGAUGUUGAUGAAAAGUUACCAAAGAAAGGUUCACAAAAGAUCAGUAAGUCUGAGGAAAACUUACUAACUCCAGAGCGACUAGUUGGAACAAAUUACCGGAUGUCUUGGACAGGACCUAAUAAUUCAAGUUUUCAAGAAGUAGAUACAAAUGAAGCUUCUUCAAUGGUGGAAAAUCUUGAGGUAGAAAACUCUUUGGAGCCUGAUGUUAUGGUUGAAAAGUCACCUGCUACUUCAUGUGAACUCAUCCCUUCCAAUUUAAACAGUAAGCAUAAUAGCAACAUAACAAGUAGCCCUCUUAGUGGGGAUGAAAAUAAUGUGACCAAAGAGACUUUGGUGAAAGUUCAGAAAGCAUUUUCUGAAUCUGGAAGUAAUCUUCAUGCAUUGAUGAAUCACAGGCAGUCAUCAGUACCUAAUGUGGGGAAAGUAAAAUUAACUGAACCAUCUUAUUUAGAAGAUAGCCCAGAGGAAAAUCUAUUUGAAACUAAUGAUUUGACUGUAGUAGAAUCAAAGGAGAAAUAUGAACACCACACUGGUAAAGGUGAAAAAUGUUUUUCAGAGAGGGACUUUUCACCCCUUAAAACUCAAACAUUUGAUAGAGAAGCAACUAUAAAAUGUUAUUCAACUCAGAUGAAGAUGGAACAUGAAAAAGACAUUCAUUCAAAUAUGCCAAAAGAUUAUUUAAGCAAGGAAGAAUUCCCCAGUGAUGAACAAAUAAAGAAACAGCAGUCCCCAAAGGAUAAACUGAAUACUAAAUUAAAGGAGAAUGAGAAUAUGAUUGAAGGUAACUUACCAAAGUGUUCAGCACAUAGCAAGGACAAGACUAGAUCCUCUUUCUCACAGCAGAGUACAUGUGUUAUAACAAACUUGUCAAAACCUAGGCCUAUGAGAAUUGCUAAACAGCAGUCAUUGGAAACAUGUGAGAAAAUAGUUUAUGAAAGUUUACAAAUGACAGAACAUAGAAAGGUUUCAGAUCACAUACAGUGGUUUAACAAGCUUUCUUUAAAUGAACCAAAUAGAACAAAAGUCAAGUCACCUCUUAAGUUUCAGCGUACUCCUGUUCGUCAGUCUGUCAGAAGAAUUAAUUCUUUGUUGGAGUAUAGCAGACAGCCUAUAGGGCAUAAGUUGGCGAGUCUUGGUGAUACAGCUUCUCCUCUGGUCAAAUCAGUGAGCUGUGAUGGUGCUCUUUCCUCUUGUAUGGAAAGUACAUCAAACGAUUCCUCUGUUUCAUGUAUCGAAUCAGGUCCUAAAGAACGGAAGUCCAUGUCAUGUGAAGAGUCAAAUAUUGAUGCAAUUUCAAAGUCAAGCAUGGAGUUACCUUCGAAAUCUUUCUUAAAGAUGAAGAAGCACCCAGAUUCAGUGAAUGCUUCUCUUGGGUCUACUACAGUUUGUAAACAGAAGAUGUUAUCUGAUGGCCAAGUUAAGCUUCCCUUGGAUGAUCUGACUAAUCAUGAUAUAUUAAAACCGGUUGUAAAUAACAAUAUAGGCAUUUCUUCUGGGAUACAUAACAGGGUCCUUAGGAGACCAUCAGAAAGAGAAAGGGCCUGGUACAAAGGUUCUCCAAAACAUCCUAUCGGAAAAACUCAAUUACUACCAACAAGUAAACCUGUAGACUUGUAAUUGGUAAAUGUUAUGCUUGUCAUUAAUGUAAGUAAAGUGAGCAGUUGAUGGUAUGACUUGCAGGAUAAUCUACGUGUUAGUUUGUAGCUCAGGACGAUUAUUAAGCAAGAGAUUUGCUCUGAAACGUUUUUAUUUCACUGUACAAGCAACUUGGAUUUUUAUUUGUACAAAUUCUUUGUUUUUCGUAAUGAUGCCAAUUUUUAAACUUUAAUUUUAUUGUGAUCUCUUAAAGCAGAGGUUAGACUUUACCUUUCUAAAGAAAUUGUUGACUGGAUUUAUAAGAAGUUAAUUUUUGAAAAUUACAUGAUAUUUUUGUAUGAUAGGAAGAAUGGAGCAAGUUGUGUCUAUUUCCUCAAGUCAGAUAAGGUUUCUAAAAUAAAUUUCUAGCAUGUAAAGGGUAGAGAUAAACCCUGCAAAUCUUAUGUCUGGAAUUAUAUUAAUGUUGAUUGUCCUUGCCAAAAUUCCUAGAAAUUAAUGUCCUUCAAUAGCAUCCUAAUAUUCUAUUUUUGUUUGGGGCAGAGUAAUUUCAUUUAUGUUGCCUGUUAGGUGUACCAUGUGUUCACUUGAACAAAGAACAAAUGGCUGAGAUGGAGUAAUGACUAAAGUAUGUUCAUAUAUUAUGAUGCGGAAAUAAUUGAUAACUUUUAAGCCAUACUACGAUUUUAAAGACAAUUUGCACAAAUACAUUUGUAUCUGUUUUGUCCAAUAUAGAUUUGGCAAUUAUUUAAAGAGGGAUAAUCUUGAAAAAAAUUAAUCAAGAUGAUUUCUUAUAUGCAGAUGCUUGAUUUUGGAAUUUGAAAUAGUAGAUGCACCUCUUUAACCUUUUUUACUUGGAUAAAAACCUAUGAUGAUUUUGUCCUGUGUGUAAAUGUUAUUUAUUUAGCAUAGACAUUAAAGAUAACUCUCUGGAAAAUGACUUGACUAAGGCUGUCAUGAAAUUCAAAGUGCCAUUUAGAACAUGUGCCAGAUUGUCAGGCAAAUCUGUCUACAUUUAUAUUUUAAAUUAUUACAAAUUACACAUCUUUGAGGAAGGAGUAUUAUGAACAAUAGAACAUAUUCUCUAGGUUGUAGAGGAAGGAAUAAGCAGACAGAAUCAACCACUAAAGAUAGUUUUUCAGAUCAGUUGUUAGAAUGUCAUGUUUAGAUGUUGGAGCAGAUUAGAGCAGCAUUCAUGCCACUCGGAGCAGCCAGACUUACAGCAUAAGUAUGGAUGAGGAAUUUCAAAUCAUCGGAUGUUUGCUUGGCUAGGUUCUACUUUGUUUAUUUGAUAUCAAAUAGGUUUGUAGAUGUUUAUGGUAUUUCUAAUUGUAAGCAGAGACAAAAUAUUCAUAUACUCAGAUAUAUGUUGUCUGCUUUAAACAAUUUUUAAAUUUUAAAAAUGCAUUAAUGUCUUUUUAUAUCCAUCAAGGGAAGGAUGAAAUGUUGAAUUUGAAGACUAAUUCAGUAAGAAGUCCUAGGGGUUUAACUGUACAUACUACCUGAACUGGCUUUUCUGAGAGAUGAAUCAAUAAUGAAAAAUGUCUGUUUAAAAAAAAAAAAAACUGCCACAUGUGACUACUAUUUUUGUUAGUUGAAAGCUGCAAUACAAAGUAUUACAGGAAUAUGAAGGUGAACAGCUUGAAGAUAUGGUAACUAGAGAGUCAGAAAAGUUUUGUUUUAGACUUGAUUUAAUGUGUUUUUAUUUUUUCUUACACAAAAUAGAGAUAAUGUUGCUAACUUCAUGGGAUAUUUGAAGAAAUGAUAUAAAUACACUCUACAAAGUUAAAAGUGUCUGGACAUGUGCAGUAACUGCAUGGGUUCUUUUCUGUGUCUUAUUAAUGUAAAUAAAGAUCUAAUAUUAA